CCACGCCACAGGACGCGGAGGGCAGGGCCCAGCCCGAGGGGCGCGGCCGGGGAGCCGCCCGCCCCCGGCCCCGCUGCCUCCCUCCCUCCGUCCCUCCCUCCCUGCCUCCCUGCCGGCGCGGCGAUGUGGCGGUGUCGGUAUGUCAGCGGCCGGCAGCUGGACGGCUUCCGCCACUACAAGUACAGUGCUGUGGAUACAAAUCCUUUAUCUGUGUACAUUAUGCAGCCCAUCUGGAACAAAAUUAUUAAGGUAGUGCCUUUGUGGAUUGCUCCCAACGUGUUAACAUUCUCUGGAUUUGUCAUGAUUUUAGUUAAUUAUUUUCUAAUAUCUUUUUAUGACUGGGACUACACUGCCUCAGGUACCAGUCCUGGACUUGUUCCCACGUGGGUGUGGCUGUUCAGUGCUUUUACCACCUUUUGUGCUUAUGCUUUAGACUCUAUAGAUGGGAAACAUGCUCGAAGGACUCAGUCCAGUACUCCUCUGGGAGAGUUAUUUGACCAUGGGCUGGAUAGCUGGGCUACCUCCAUUUUUGUGCUUUCUUUUUUUUCUGUCUGUUCCCGUGACAAUGGGAAGACUGGAGUUUCCGUAUAUACAAUGUAUAUAUAUUUAAGCAUCGUGUUGUUUAACUUUAUGUGUUCACACUGGGAGAAAUAUAACACAGGAGUUCUUUUUCUUCCUUGGGGAUACGAUAUAAGCCAAGUGGUAUUGAUAGCAGCAUAUCUGCUCACCAGUGCUGUUGGUGUGGAAGUCUGGCAGAAGCCUUUUCUGUUUGGUUAUUACAUUACAGACGCAUUAGUAAUCCUGCUUAUAGGCUUCAGUUUAUUUCUUUCAUUUCCUCAAACGCUGUACAACAUUCACAGAGCACAUUUAAAGAAAACGCUGAAGAAUGAUUCUUUGUAUGAAGGACUCCUACCUCUUGUGUCACCUCUGUUGCUGUUCAUUCUUCUUACAGUCUGGGUGGUUUUAUCUCCAGGCAACAUAUUAGCAAAGCAACCAAGAUUGUUUUUAUGGAUGGUUGGGGUUGCUUUCUCAAACGUUAUUUGCAAGGUGAUCAUCUGCCAGAUGAGCAGCACCCGGCCGGAGCUUUUCCACUGGUUCCUCUUCCCACUGGCACUGGUGGUCUACGCAGCCAUCUCCGGGCUGCUGAGCUGGAUGGAAGAAGCGGUGCUCGCCAUGUUCACCAUGCUGCUCACGGCCGCCCACGUGCACUACGGGGUCUGUGUGGGGAAGCAGCUGAGUGAGCACUUGAACAUUUACAUCUUUUCCCUGAAGAAACGUGUCCAGGAGUGAACGCUUGCACUAUGAUCAGACUGUAAGACUUGAUGUGGCGAUUCACAACUCUUCUGAUGUAAUAAAUAGUUGGGAUUAAUCUGAUUAAAAUAACCAAAGAAUAGAGUACUCCAGAUAUCCAAACCACUGCGACAAUAAGCUAUGCAGCAAGAUGCGUCAUCUCAGAGGAAGAUUCCCGUCCGGCAGAGAAGUGUUUACCAUGUUGUUCUGCUGCUAGUAUUUAUUCUGUUCACUAAUGCCAUGUUACUAUCUGCUCUGAAGCUUUUGUCUUCCUCCUCACCACUGUGUCCAAAGCACUGGAUAAAUCCAUGCUGGGUUACAUGAGAUCCUUGGUGGUUUAUAACCAGCACUGGUUUUGCCCAGCCUAGUCACCAGUGGGACGCCGGCAAUGCAAACCCUCCCUGUGUGUCCUUCCCACUCAGACAUCUGUGCCUCCUUCAUUUUCCACAUUUAUUUUCUCACAACUCAUUUCUUCCAUGCAACCUCCUGAAGAGCUUACGUAGAUACAGUCUUUUCCUAACCUCAGAUGAAUGUGUGAAGAAAAGAGAAUGAGCUCAGGAAGCUAUGGUACAGUAAAGUGUUUUGGAAACGUAUGACUUUUUUCCCCAGCGUUAAGAUGAGUCUCAGCUGACCUGUGUCUGUCAGAAAUGCAGGUGCCAUACAGCAGCUGCUGGCCUUUAUACUUAUUUUCUAGGCAGUAACAAGCACAAUGUUGAUAUUUCGGUAGCAACAAGCAAUAUACCUUGCAAAGAUAACCAGCUGAGAAUAAAUUUGGCCAACGAACAUUUGAAGAUUCUCAUAUUUCACUGCAAAACUAGUUAGUCAAACCUCAUCCAUCAGUGCAAAAUGCUAAGCAAAUAAUUAUUUGCCUGUGUGCUUGAAACAAAUUCUUGUGGUUUUAGAUAAUGACAAAAAAAAAAUUGAGAUAAGAAAAGCUUUCCUUAGACAUUAUACAUUUACAUGCAGAUGUAAACUACUCGCUUCAUCUAUAAUAGAUGUAGGUUUCCUGCGUGCCUUGGAGGAAGGAGUAGGAAUUUGAAUUUUGCAUCUCUUUUCAUACGCUGCCCUAGCCAGAGGGACUCUGUGGCCUUGAAGCAUUAAUGAAACAAUCUGUCCACUUUCCCCAAGGUAAGCAUUAGAUUACAUUUCUUGCGCAGAGGGAUGUGACUGACUGACUGGCAUGUUUAUUAACUAGUUAACUAUCACUUGCCAGAAGCAGGGCAGAAGCGCAGUUGUUGAGCUGCUGAGCCUUAAGUUCACCUUUUUCAGUUCUUAGACCAUUUCUCUGGCUUUAUGAGUAGCCUGAUCAUUUUCUCCCUGGUUAACAUACCCUUACAUCAGUAGCUCCUAUUAAUAUUUUCGGCUGAGCACUGACUAGCCAGAUCUUUGUGAACAGCUUCAAUUUAAUUUUGUACCGCCUGUUAACAGUAGUCGGUGCACGACAAUGUCAGGAGGGCUCAUUUCCCCUGGCAGCCCUUACCAUUGGCACCAGAGGACAACCCUGCACAUCAACUUCCCUUCGUCACAAAGCAGAAACACCACAUGAACUUGUAAAGUUUCUUAUGGUUUGAAAGUAUGUACGUUCUACCUACCAAACAAACAUGUUGAGGGUCCCACCCCGCAAACGAGCAUCAUACUACAAUCACAGUUCAAGCAGCUUAAGGUUCGAGUCAGGCAGAGGACACAGGUCAUCCUGCUAAUGCUGGGUCGAGAUUUUGCUGAGAGCCCUGCAGGGAAGGGAGGCUCCCGCACCCUCCAGCACUGCUGCAGUUGAGCUCUGGGGCUGCAGCUGGAACAAGAAGAGGCAUCUUCCAGCCUUCCUCCCAGCUGGUGGGGUGGCUGCGCCCCUUCCCUGCACAAUGCCCACGGAGCGUGGGGUCUCCACCAAGGCACUCCCUAACUGCCCAAGGACUCUUUUAGAGUACAGCUGAUGGCUGUUUAUUUAAUGAGGGAUGCUAAAAAGGUAGUUCUGACUGUGUUUGAAGGGGACAAUGAGUUUGAUGUAGGCACGCCCCUUGCAAUCUGUUUGAUGAAGUUAAAUACUACAUCCAAUACCAGAUACACUGCCACAAAAGUCUCACCUAUUUCAACAGUUUAUAUUUAACCUUUCCAUCAAAAGUAUUGGGAGGAAGUUCUGACAAGAAAAAAAUUAGAAUAAGAUGAACAAAAAUACCUCUGGAUUGAAUGUAGUUGUACUGGAGGAACUCUGAAGGACAGGCUUCCCUUUUCCCUCUGUCUUGCAUUAUGUAUAAAACAGUUGGAAAUAAGGGUCACAGAAGCACCACAGUUUGAUGCACUGUAAUGGAGAAUUUUGAAGUAUUUAAUUAAAUGAAAUUAUAAAAAUUGAACUGCCACAACCUGCCUGCACUUGUACCUUUCUAAAGAGAAAUACAGUAUCACUUUUAAAUGAAAUUAAGCUCCAGGCAGCUUUUUCACAUUCUAUAGAAAGGCAUGGCAAAUAACUUUCUUUUUCCUUUUUAAAGCAACUUGUCACUACGAUCUCUAUAAUGACAAGUAUAAAACCAGAUCAUGUAUUGCACAGUGUGUAUAUAUUGAAUUGUUACCCAUCUCAGAUGGUAACUGGUUCAAUGAAUGUGAAUAAAAAUGCUUUGUUAAUAGGGCA